AUGGUGGCUGAACCGCAAAGAGAUGCAGUGCCUUCCGAGGCCACGCCGUUGAUGGAGCAUCCGCUCACGGAUCACGAUGAAACUCAGAUAUCGCCUUCAUUUCUCAGAGGAACGGUCAUCACUAUCACUGUGGGCCUGUUGCUAUUUAUUCAGACCACGAACAUAUCAAUGUUGAUCACGGCUCAAUCGGAUAUCGCAGAAGAUCUCGACGCCUUUUCGGAAACGACAUGGUUCAGUUCAGCAUACCUGAUCGCAAUGUCCAGUGUCUCUCCUUUAGCAGGACGUCUCUGUCAGAUCUUCACAGCCCGUAGCUAUACUCUUUUCUCUGUGAUGAUCUUAUCCGUCGGACUCUUUGUUACUGCCGCUUCUCGAAGCCUGCCGGUCUUCCUUUUUGGACGUGCGUUAUCUGGCUGUGGCAGUGCGGGCGUUAUGGUCACCUCCUUCAUCCUUAUCCUUGACCUUACAAGCAAGAAGAGAAGAGGUCUCUUCAUUGGCUUGUUGAAUGUCGGAAUGACUACAGGAAUCUCUUGCGGUGCGGUACUUGCCGGAUUGUUGACGCCAGUCUUCGGAUGGCGUCUGAUCUUCUGGGUUCAAGCACCUGCUUCGUUGAUUCUCGGGCUGAUCGAGUAUCUCGCUGUUCCCGACACGAGGAAUACUUCCAUGAGUCUGCAGACCAGUUCUCCCUGGGAAAGACUAGCCAAAGUCGAUUACGCGGUAUUUCUGCUGCUCUUCAGUCUUGCCUCGCCAAAUUCAACUGUCACAAUCACACCUCUGAUCCUGAGCUUCGUCUCUUUCGCCGUUUUCCUUCUUAUCGAGUCGAAGUUUACAUCAGAGCCGAUAAUCCCGAUUGAUGUGCUCAAAGCAAGAAGCAUACUGGCUACCUGCCUAGCAACUCUCAUCUCGAUGAUGGCCCGCUGGUCUGUUCUCUUUUUCACGCCAGUGUAUGCAAUGGCGGUCCGACAAUGGUCUCCCGCCUCCGCCGGGUUGAUCCUAGUUCCAACGAACGCAGGGUUCGGCCUUGGAGGCCUGUUGGUCGGAUGGAUCCAUAUUCGCAAGACGAGCAGUUACUACACCUCGACGCUAGUAGUUUUCCUGCUCUUUGCGUUGACGAACUUUAUACUGGCCAUACUAUCGACACCUUCUUCACCUACCAUCGCCUACGUCGUCUCGACCUUUUUUAAUGGCCUUUUCAUUGGCGCUUCGAUGAACUAUGCAUUGUCCCAUAUGCUACACCUUACCGAUCCAAACGUGCACUACAUUGUGACCUCCCUACUAGGCAUGUUCCGAGGUUCUGCUGGCAGCUUCGGAUCUGCCAUUGGCGGCGGCUUCUUUCAGCGGGAGCUGAAGAAAGCACUUGAGAAGGGAUUUGGUAAGCACGGACUUCUCGCGAAAGAUGACCUUGUUCGUAAACUUUUAGGAAGCCCGGCGCUAGUGAGGAAACUGAGUGGACUGGAGAAAGAGGUGGCCAUUCAAAGCUAUGAGCAUGCAAUCAAGCUUUUGGUCUUCGGUGGGUGUGUUCUGGCUCUAGUAGCGACAAUCAUCCAAGCUUGUACAGGCUGGAGAGCACCUCAUGAGGUCGAGAAGGAUGUCCAUGAUGAUCUGGAGGACAGACUCGAUCAGGAAUAG